AUGAAAAACGAUUACGUUGGUCAAGACGGUAAUAUUCCUCAACAACAAAAUAGUCCUUCACAAUCAUUUCACCAACAAAUUCCUCUUCAAAACAUGUAUUCGCAGAAUGGAAAUCCAGCUUUAUCUAAAGAACAUCAAAUAUUUCAAGCAAGUCAGCUGAGCAUUGAUAAUUAUAAUUAUUAUCCUUCCAGAAAUGUUCCUCUUGAAAGUCAAUCACCAAUUUAUAACACAUCCUCGGUGAUUCCACCACAACAAGUCAACCCUCAACAAAUUAAUCUUCAACAAACAAAUCAACAAAUUGUUUCCGAACAAAAUCAAUCUAUCCAUACGGACAAUAGCAUUAAUUCACCAAAUUUCGUGAUUGUACAUGGAACGUUAUCACCACCAAUAAAUACCACGGAAAAAGGUCAAGUUGAUCAUUCGAUCCCAUCAAUCGAUAGGACUUUUACCCAACUUACCAGUCUGGAGCAAAUUUGGAAUUUGCCUUUAAUUCAUGAUGGUAGACCUACUUGGAAAUUUUGUAAUCAACAAUUUAACACUGGUCAAUAUUAUCAUCAAGAAUCUCCAAUUAUUAAUAAUCGAGAAUCUUCUACAAACCAGUACAUAGUAACUUCACAAUUAUACGAUGCUGAACCAAUAUACCAACAACAACAGCCUCAACAAGUUAUUGAAAUACAACAGUUUCGAGACCUACCGCAAAUUCCUUCCGAAUAUGUAGUAAACGCUCCAGUACCUCCUCAAAAAUCUCAAAUACCUCAAGGAAAGACAACUCCUUUUGUGAAUCAUGAAAUAAAAGCUGAAGAAAGAGGACUUACGGGUAUCACUUCUUUAGAACAAUUAUGGGGAAUGACAUUUUUUCAUAACGGGAAUCCUACUUGGAAAUUUUGGUUUGCUUUAUUUUGGUUCUUAUAUUUCGCUUUGAUUGUUGUUGUGAUACUCGUAAGCAUCAUGCAGGGGAUUGGAGAUUCGGGAUCAAAUUUUGGUGGAGAUAAUCAUUGUUUAAAUGUUGUUCCCGAUUGUAAACCCGAAGAGUAA